CCACGUAGAAUGACCUUAUUGUCACUAAGGCGUUCUACAGUACAUGAUUUUGAAUCGAAGGUCACACGGUUUCCCUUGUCACAUAAUUGACUUAUGCUCAAGAGAUUGUGUUUAAGACCUUUAACAAGCAAGACAUUAUCUAUGGACGAGUCGUCGGACUUACCUACUGAGCCGACCCCAAUUAUUUUUCCUUUGCUGUUGUCUCCAAAAACUACGUUUCCUCCUUUAGCGGGUUUGAUUUGUAAGAACUUGGAUGCAUCUCCGGUCAUGUGCUUGGAACAUCCGCUAUCAAGGUACCAAAGUACACUUGAUGCCUUCAAGCAUACCUACAAAGAUGAUUUACGGUGCGCCGACAAUUCACUCUGCCCCACUGGAGAAGCGCCUCCUCCUCUACAGCCUCACCCGGAUCCUCCGCCCCCAGGAUGGCAGCCACACCUCGCUCUUCAACGAGGACUUGAAGGCAAUUCACGAAAUCAUGCACGACGCCUCCAUCAACUGGGCGAAAUAGGUCAUGAUUCACAUGACGGAUUGCGCUUCCAUCAUCCACGAGCGGAGCUUGCGUACGCUUUCCUCGUCAUGGACCUCAUCGUCUCCGCCGACAUCCACAUCGUCGGGCAAAGUACGAAGAUGACGAAGCUUUGGGUCAUAGCCGAAAACACCUUCAAGAAGAAGUCCGGAAACCGUGACGGCGCCGGACCGAGUCGUGCCCGUGCCCAUGCCCCCGCUCCCGCUCGGGCCUCGUUGCAGUCCAUAGACAACACCCUGAAUCGGCUAACCCUCACGGUGGACGACAUGGGGCAGUACAUAGAGAGGAUGAACUGGAUGUUGCAACGCCAACACCAUGACAUGAGGGCGUUCUUCCGCGGCAUCAACUACGUCCCGCCGCCCUUUGACAGCACCAUCCUCGGCCAAACCUUUGAAGGCGAUGAUGAGGACGACGACUCCUAUGCUCCAUCCUCUUCCCCCGAUGAGGCUGACUUUGAUGAAGACGUGGACGGCGAUCCCAUGGACGUCGAGGACGACAAGGAUGAUGACGACGAUGACGACGAGGACGCCGAAUCCUAGACUCUUCCUUUAUUUCCUUUCCUUAAAUAUGAUUGUAUUUUUUUAUUUUUAUUCCCAUUCCAUUGUAUUCUUCAUUUCCCUUUUUAAUGAAUAAAAGUUUACUUUUAAUAAUAAAGUUUACUUUUAAUUUUUUUUGUUAAUAUCAAAAGGGGGAAGAUAUGAAGGUUAUGCAUAAAUUGAGGGGAAUUUU